AGCAUCAGGCAGUUCCGUGACAGCUCCUGAAGUGUUUAUAUGUGCGGGUUGUAUACGCGCGUGACGGUGUGGUGCGUGCGUCUAAGUCCCUGUCGCGGUCGGAACGGACACUCGCUGUAAGAGGUAAAGAAGAAGUGCAGGAUUGCCAAGCAUGUGAACAAGGACAUAUAACAGAGCAUUCGGAAUGGUCCGAUAAGAUUUUUGCAUUUUAUAAUUCGGCUUGCAUACACAGAUAUAUUCAUGUAUCUUGAAAAUGUGUACACACAUGACGGUCGCGGGAAAUUCAUUAUUUUGCUUUCCUUUUGUCGUUCUUCUCUUUGAAUAUUGUGUAUACGAUUAAACAAUAAUUUCGUGAAUGGAGAAUUUAUGUUAGACAAAUUAAAUGCAAUUUGUUUAUUUAUAAUUUUCCAAGGAGGUUGUGUGAUGUGACAGUGCUGCGUGUACGGUGACUUUUUUGAUAGGAAUUGCUGGUGGAAAUGUGGUUUUAAGCUGGAAUCAAAGGAAAUGUGAAUUUCUUUUUCUGCCAGUUGGUUGUUGUGGUGCUGAUUCUAUCCUCCUAAGCUUUAUAUGCUCAUCCUACCGAUUUGAACUUCCGCCGCCCCUUUAAGUUUUGUGUUAUUUCCCGGCUGCCUGCUGCCUGUAUAUUGUCAGUGCGAUGUGUUUUGUGUAGGGGUGUUUUCCGUUUUCAGAAAUAUCUGUGUAUGUUGGUUUCUUUUUGUUUUAAAUGUGGAAAAUUAUAGAAUCAAAUAUUUCUUCGUGGAAUUGCAAUAAAAGAUGAUAAGUGCAACGGACUGCGCCGUGUAUCCAGUGGAUGUAGUGAGUGUUUUCAAGUGAAGUAACAAGAUAUUGGGAAAAAAGUGCGCACAGUGUGGGAUCCAUUGUCAUACAUCCACAUUUUCCGGGCGUUUUCAUUAAUACGUCGACCACCAGGGCGGGAGAUCAUUCCAUUUACGACAUAAAAUCUCAUUUUACCGCAUGUACUGCAACGAUAUUGUCCUUUUCCUUAUUGUCUAAAAAAAUGCGAAAUUAAAAUGUAUUAAAUGUGAGUCAAUCGUGUGUGUCUGGGAAUAUGUCUAUUCAGUCACGUCUUAAAUAAACUGGCAGAAUACAAAAGAAAAUAAAACAGAAACUAUGAUUGUCUUUCGUCGCAUUAGACGAAACAACAACAAAAACAACUAUAAAAGAAUCAAUAAGAAAAGUUUAUUAGUCGUUGCUAAAUCUAGAUAGAAAUCUUUUAUAUUCAUUUAGAUUGUACCAUAAUGUUAUAAAUAAUAAAAUAGAUACUUAGUGAAUAAAAAAGCUGUAGACAAGAAAGAAAACAAAUUAAAAAACCAUAGAUAGGACAUUUCUUAAAUAUUUAAUUUUUAGAUGAUAUAACAUAAGAAAUCAUACCAACAAACACAAAAAAUCUGCCUAGGUAAACAAAUUAUUUGAAAAGUAAUUUAUACAAAUUGUCUUUAUCUAAAAAUAAAAAUAAUAAUAAAAAAUAACAAGGAAGAAAUCAUACAUACACCACUAAAAUCAAAUCCCAAAGAGAACAUAGAUAGCGCAAAGGAAUGACCAGGAAUUCAGCACUUCUGUCAAUCUUCAGUAUAACAUAAUACAAACCUAAAAAGGAUAAACUAAAGAAAAUUAAAUAAUACUCGUGAAAGGAACGUAACAUUCUCAUUAAACUACUAAGUGUAAAUUAUCAUCGACAUAGGGAUAUAUGUAUUAUAUUUUGUAGAGAUCAUAUGUCGUGAAUAAAACGAUGAAGAUUUUAUUUAGCAUACUGCUGCUGACAGCACUGGAUCGGCAUGUAGCCAGUAGUGGUAGUAAUAAAAACAGUAAUAGUGGUGAUAUUAUUGGUAGUGGGGAUAUAGCGCACUACACAAAAAUUACACAGAACCUUAGCAAUAUAAUAACACAACAAACGGAAUUCGAUACAAAAUUAAAUCAUUUGGUUGUGGACUCAAUAACAGGACGGGUAUUCAUUGGCGGAAUCAAUAGACUGUACCAACUUUCACCCGAUCUCAUCGUAGAAGUGUCCGUUAUUACGGGGCCAAAAAACGAUUCAGACGAUUGUCGCGUACAUGAAUGUCCGCAGCAAACUCAACGACAUCUCAAGGACAAUGUCAAUAAGGCUCUAUUAAUAGAUCGAGCCACAUCACGCCUCAUCGUCUGCGGUUCCCUAUUUCAGGGUGUCUGUACAAUACGAAACCUGCAGAAUGCCAGCAUUGUUGAAAAAGAAGUCCAAGAGGCGGUGGUUGCAAACGAUGAACUGUCCUCGACGGUUGCAUUCAUAGCACCGGGACCACCUCAGCCGCCCGUCUCAAAUGUCAUGUAUGUGGGCGUGACAUACACGAAAAAUUCAUUGUAUCGUAGCGAAAUUCCAGCGGUAGCAUCACGUAGCUUAGAGAAUGAUCGCCUCUUCCAGAUUGCCUCUUCGGCAGUCACAACUGGCACCCGCAUCUUUAUUAAUUCAUAUGCUCGUGAAUCGUACCUGGUCAAUUAUAUUUAUGGCUUCAAUUCCGAAAAAUUCUCCUAUUUUUUGACAACACAGUUAAAGCAUAAUAAUCAGGCUGCAUCGAAGGAGUACAUCAGCAAGCUGGUGCGAAUAUGUCAGGAGGAUUCCAACUAUUACUCAUAUACUGAGAUACCAAUCGAUUGCAUAAGUGACUCCCAGGGUGGAAAGAAGUAUAAUCUGGUCCAGGCGGCAUAUUUGGGUAAGCCUGGGUCGGAUUUAGCUGAGAAUUUGGCGAUUACUGCACAGGAUGAUGUGUUGUAUGCUGUAUUCUCGGAGGGAAUUGAUGAUGUGCCUACGAACAAAUCGGCACUUUGCAUAUACUCUUUGAAAGCGAUCCGACGGAAGUUCAUGCAAAACAUUAAGGGUUGUUUCAAUGGAAUUGGUAUGCGCGGUCUUGAUUUCAUUUCUCCAAACAUGGCAUGCGUUUCAACGAAACUUCAAACGAUUGGCGAAGACUUCUGCGGUCUUGAUGUAAAUUCCCCACUUGGUGGAGAACAUCCAAUAGCUGCCGUACCUGUGAGUCUGUUUAACGUUCGCCUGACAGCUGUAGCAGCCACACGAACCAGUGACUAUACCGUGGUCUUCAUUGGAACGGCCGAUGGACAUCUGAAAAAGGUUGUCGUGGAAUCAGCUAGUUCGGCCACAGAGUAUGCUGACAUUGUGAUCGAUAAUGGUUCACCAAUAAAUUCGGAUAUGCAUUUCGAUAAUGACCGCAUGCAUGUUUACGUUAUGUCAAAACGACAUGUUUCUAAAGUUAAAGUGCACGACUGUUCAAUAUAUAAGACUUGCGGUGAGUGCCUUGGCGCAAAGGAUCCAUAUUGCGGCUGGUGUUCACUGGAAAACAAGUGCAGCUUGCGCUCAAACUGCCAAGAUGACCAGAAUGAUCCCCUUUACUGGGUCAGCUAUAAAAUGGGAAAAUGCACUACAAUAACGAGCGUCAUACCAAAUCAAUUGCAAAGAACUACAGCAAGAACGCUUGAGCUUAUAAUCGAUCAUCUACCGCAACUAAAAGAGAAUUUGGUUUGCGCUUUCACAACUGCUGAAAAGACACUUUUCACUGAGGCUACCAAGAAGCGCAACGGCGUUAACUGUACAACACCUCGAACGGACAUGCUGCCUCAAAUCGAACCAGGUGAACAUCAUUUCACCGCGAAACUUUCAGUUCGUACAAAAAACGGACCAGACUUGGUUUCGACAAAUUUCACAUUCUUUGAUUGUUCAACGCAUUCGUCCUGUACGCGUUGCGUUUCAUCGAAAUUUCCAUGUGAUUGGUGUGUUGAGGCACAUCGAUGUACACAUGAUACAGCCGAGAAUUGCAGAAAUGAUAUCCUGGUAACGGGAGUGAGUCGUAUCGGGCCAAGCUAUCGUUCAGGACCCGGAUUUUGUCCUACAAUCAAUGCAACCGGUGAAGGAAGUGAGGUGCUAGUUGCUGCUGGAACGAAGAAAUCUAUCAAAGUUAAAGUCCAUAUUAUUGGUCAAUUCAUUGUUCAGACACGUUUUGUGUGCCAGUUCAAUAUCGAAGGUCGGGUGACCAGCUUGAAUGCUCAACUUCUGGCCGAUACAAUUUAUUGUGAUCCUAUGGAGUUUGUCUAUACGUCAAGGGCACCGAAUUUGACGGCAACAUUCGCUGUGAUUUGGGGUGGAUCGAAACCCUUGGAUAAUCCUCAUAACAUUCAUGUGGUCAUUUAUCGUUGUCGAGACAUGUCGGACAGUUGCGGUAUGUGUCUGGCCCUCCCAGAAAAAUACCAAUGCGGAUGGUGCUCUUCAACUAACACAUGCGAAGUAGAGAAACAAUGCAGCAAACAGGCAGAAGGGAAAACCGACUGGCUCAACCGAAACGAGAUCUGCCCGAAUCCGGAAAUUUUAUCAUUCUUCCCAAAGACUGGACCUUGGGAAGGUGGCACAAACAUUACCAUACGAGGAAUUAACCUGGGCAAAAACUUCUCAGAUAUCUAUAUGGGAGUGAAGAUAGUGGGGAUUACAUGCGAGCCAUAUCGGCACCUCUAUAUUGAUACCAAACAAAUCGUUUGUAACGUAGACAGUCCCGGUGUCCGGAUUUAUCGAUCAGGACGCAUAGUUGUUCAAGUGGCGGAUUAUCGAGGAGAAUCCAAGACUGACUUUGAAUUCGUCGACCCACAGAUUGAUGAUUUCGAACCGAAAUUUGGGCCAGUUUCAGGAGGAACACAAAUAACUAUUUCAGGAAAAUACUUAAACGCUGGUAGCCGGAAAUUGGCCUUCAUAGAUAAUACUCUCCCUUGCGAAAUACUAAGCACGGAUACAAAUCAAGCUCUAUGCACCACAAGCCCAGCUCCUGGACCCUUAGAAGGAAAACUGAAAAUGCAUUUCGAUAACGGCAUGCGAGAGUUCAAUGAGCAUUUGUUCCGCUAUGUUGAAGAUCCAACUAUCGACUAUGUAACAUCCGGACCAAGUGGCCAGCUUAAGGUUCCCAAAGGCAUCCCCGCCGGUGGAAUUAGGAUUACCGUGACUGGUAAUCAGUUCGAAUAUAUCCGUAGUCCUCGGAUGUACGUCUACUAUGAGGGUAAAAUGUUCUUGAGCGAAUGUGAAGUUCUCUCGAACACGGAUAUGAUUUGCAACUCGCCGAUCAUUGAUGCUGAUAGCGGUAGCCUCGAUGCUGACAAACCAGAACUACUAGAGUAUGGCUUUAUAAUGGAUAAUGUAGCCGCAGUGCAGAACCUUUCAGCGAAACAUAAGAACUAUUUCGAACUGUAUCCGAAUCCAGUGUAUCUAAAAUUUGAGGAGAAUGUAAAGUACUACAAGAGUGAGUACCUGACUAUUAAUGGAAAGAACCUCGAUCGGGCCUGUAAGGAAUCAGAUGUCAUUGUUAUGAUAGGAAACGGAGUCUGCAAUAUUACAUCCCUGAGUCGUCAGCAGCUAACAUGUAGACCACCUGUGGAGGUGACUGAUUCAAAUGAGGUUCCUGCGGUUAUUGUCAAAGUGGGCCAUACACAAGCCCUAACCUACGAGAUAGGAAUUCUUAGCUACGUCUCGCCAAAUAUCAUGCACAGUUUGAGCAAAAACGUCCUCGUUGCAGUUGUUGCAGGUGUUGUAAUAAUAUUAUUCAUCUUCAUCGCCCUGCUCAUUGCAUAUCGUAAGAAAACAAGCGAAUCGAAUCGCGUCCUAAAGAAUAUGCAGGAACAAAUGGAUAUCCUUGAGUUGCGGGUGGCAGCAGAAUGCAAGGAAGCCUUUGCUGAACUUCAAACAGAAAUGACCGAUUUAACGAGCGAUCUAACAUCAGGCGGAAUACCAUUCUUGGACUACCGCACAUAUGCAAUGAAAAUUUUGUUCCCGAAUCACGAGGAUCAUAUUGUACUUCAGUGGGAACGACCGGAACUGCUUCGCAAAGAGAAGGGUCUGCGCCUGUUCGGCCAACUGAUUAUGAACAAGACCUUUUUGUUGCUUUUCAUACGGACUCUGGAGAGCAAUCGAUAUUUCUCCAUGCGCGAGCGAGUCAACGUUGCAUCCUUAAUAAUGGUCACACUACAAUCGAAACUCGAAUACUGCACCGAUAUCCUCAAGACCCUUUUAGCAGAACUUAUUGAAAAGUGCAUUGAAGGCAAGAGCCAUCCAAAAUUAUUACUGAGACGAACUGAAAGUGUAGCUGAGAAGAUGCUCAGCGCAUGGUUUACAUUUUUGCUGUAUAAAUUUUUGAAGGAGUGUGCAGGAGAACCACUCUAUAUGCUGUUUCGUGCUGUGAAGGGUCAAGUCGAUAAGGGCCCAGUUGACGCCAUUACUCACGAGGCUCGAUACUCACUUAGCGAGGAGAAACUUAUCCGACAACUUAUCGAAUUUAAAUCCAUGACAGUUUAUGCUAGUAUCACCCAGCAGCCAAUCUUUUGUAAUAAUAUUGAAAUGAUGCCAACUAAUACAGAAAAUGUGCCGGUCAAGGUGCUCGAUUGUGAUACCAUCGGCCAAGUGAAAGAGAAGUGCUUAGAUACCAUCUAUCGAAAUAUUCCGUCUAGUCAAAGACCACGGCGGGAUGACUUGGACCUUGAGUGGCGUACUGGAAACUCAGGGCGCGUAAUCCUCUACGACGAGGACUCAACGUCAAAGCUAGAGAGUGAGUGGAAGAAGGUUAACACGUUACACCAUUACGGUGUUCCCGACGGUGCUUGCCUCAGUCUGGUGCCGAAACAAAGCUCAAUUUAUAAUUUCUCUAUACUAUCAGAUAAGAAUGAUAAAUCUCAUAAAUAUGAAACAUUGAAUCUUUCCAAAUACACAUCAUCUUCACCAACAUUUAGCCGGGCUGGAAGCCCCCUAAACAACGACAUCCACGAGAACGGUCUCAAGUAUUGGCAUUUAGUUAAACACCAUGACACCGACUUACAGAAAGAGGGUGAACGUGUCAAUAAAAUGGUGUCAGAGAUAUAUCUGACACGUCUCCUAGCCACCAAAGGUACACUACAAAAAUUCGUUGAUGAUCUUUUUGAGACCAUCUUCAGCACCGCACAUCGAGGCUCUGCACUGCCACUAGCUAUAAAAUAUAUGUUUGAUUUUUUGGAUGAUCAGGCACUUCUUCAUGGCAUCACUGAUCCAGAAGUGGUGCACACGUGGAAGAGUAAUAGUCUGCCUCUCAGAUUUUGGGUGAAUUUAAUUAAAAAUCCUAAUUUUGUCUUUGAUAUACAUAAAUCGAAUAUUGUUGAUUCAUGUUUAUCGGUUGUUGCUCAAACAUUCAUGGACUCAUGUUCAACAUCGGAUCAUAGAUUAGGUAAGGAUUCUCCUAGUUCCAAGUUACUAUAUGCCAAGGACAUACCAGCAUAUCGUCAAUGGGUGGAAAGAUAUUAUGCCGAUAUCAGAGACAUGUCAGCCAUAUCGGAUCAAGAUAUGAAUGCUAUGUUGGCCGAGGAGUCCAGGUUGCAUACAACCGAAUUUAAUACGAAUUGUGCCCUCCACGAAUUAUAUACAUACGCCGUAAAAUACAACGAGCAAUUGACCGUCACAUUAGAAGAAGAUGAAUUCUCACAGAAGCAGAGGCUUGCAUUUAAAUUAGAACAGGUUCAUAAUAUAAUGUCACCUGAAUGAAAAGAUAUAGUUUAAAGUGAAACAUUAAAAUGAAGGAUUCAAUAUAUGAAUAUAUAAUAAAGAAAAAAUAAAAAAUGGGAUAAUAUAUAUAUAUAUAUGUCGCCCGCAUAGAUAUUCAAAAGCAGACCUCAACGGACAAAAGUGCAUGCUCUUAUCUCUUAACUCAUUCAUGUUCCACGUGCAUUGUGUAUUUAUUUCGAUAACCCUGUUAAAUUCAAAUUAACUUCUAAAAUAGAAAUUGCCGAAAUCUUGAAAACAAGGUACGUUUUGAAAAGAAAGGGGGAAUUCUGAAGGUAAAUCUGAAGCAAAAUAAAAGACUUACUCAAACAUUCAAUGAGUAUUUUCGAUUUUCGAAUAUACUAAUAAAAAAACCAUCAACAUUUUGUUGAAAAGUUAACGAUUCUAUGAAAGGAAGAAAUAAACAUCAAUGAAAGCCAAUAAAUAUUAUGGUAAGAAUAAAGAACUGAGAAAAAAAGAAAUUAAUUUUUCAAGCAAAAAAUAUGAAAGUAAAACGAGUAACAUGCAAUGAAACUCAUCAAAAACCAAACAAAUUUCUACUCAUUCUCUGCAUGUUAUUAUUUAAAAGUAAAAGAGAAAAACAAGCAUAAAAGAGAUAAGCGACGAAUAAUGAUAUAAAAUUAUUGUAGCAAAAAAGAUUACAAAAUGCAAAAAAGAUAAAUAAUUUAUGUAUUUUUCUAUAAUAUUUUUUAAAGGAGAGACGAAAGAUAUCCUAUGGAAAAUGCUUGAUCGACGUUGUACUGUAAUGAGUAGAGAGUAAAAUAAAGGAAAAAUUUAGAAGAUGAUUUAUUUUGGACGAAGUUUUAACCUCUGUUUUUCGAAUUUUAUUUUCAAAUUUUUUUUUUUCUCAAUUCGUUUCCUAUUAACACGGUGAAAUGUUAAAUCUUAGUUUCAUAAAAUUGUUCCUUGGAAAGAUCGAGAAAUAUUUUUAUCAAGUUUUAUUUAAAUGUUUUUUUUUCUAAAAAAUAAAAUGUAUAAUGUCUCACACAAAAGAACAGGAAAAACAGUAUGAAAUGAAUAUUGAACAAAUGAAAAAUAUUGACGAACAUCUAUGCUAGGUUGAACAUCUUGGCAUAAAUGGCAAUUCUUAGUUAUUAGUCCCUGUAAAUAGCUACUAGUUUAUGAAGUAAUUGUUCUAUUCCUUUCUAUCAAAGAGCAACAUGUGUCUUUCUUACUUUCACUUGGUUGUGACUGCGUGCGUGUAUGUCCUUUAGGGGCUUGAAAUCUUGAUAAAAAUUAUAGAAGCUACUUAUAAUUUUCUACCGUUUUCAUCCCUUGUAAGAUAGCAAAUGUGACUAUGUCUAGUAUUAGAGAAAAAAGAAAAAAAUCAACGCCUUUUUUUAUUAAUAUAUAAUUAUUUAAAUUUUCUAUAUAAUUUUUACAGGAUUUUUAUAAGAAUUUUAUAUUGAAAUAAUUUGAAUAUUUUUCCCUGGUUGCCCGGUUUGUGUAUAAUAUGUAUUUGUGGAUAAAAUGCACCGGUGUAUGCAUUCUUCGUGUAUUUGAAGAUUAUCUUACAAUUCUAUUAUUAGAUUGUAAAAAGUACGCUCGCACUCCUUUAUCUGCUAAUACAAAAGAGGAAGAUCUUGUACAAAACGAUAAAUUUAAACCAAGGUAAACAAUCAAUAAUGAUAUUAUUUGCGAUUGAAAAUACUAAAUCGAUGGCAUAUACUCUUGUCUAUACCGCAUUUUAUUUAUUAAAUGAUAUAUAUGUGUGCAAAACCAUAUUGAAAGCAAAUGAAAGAGAAUUAAUUGCUUCAGGAUUAUUGAAAAUAGAAAAUAUUUUUAUACAAAUCACAUAAGGAUUACCAAUAUUUCGGGUUCAUCAGAUUCCUUUCUUUUUAAAAAUGCCGCCGAAAACCAUGCUCCCCUAAUAUACUCUAGUGACAUAAUAAAGCAAGUGGUUUUACAAUGCAACGAAUCAACCAAGUUUACAUUCUUAUUUAAUAACUUCUGUUGUUAUAUUCUUUUUUUAAUAAUUCUGGUAUUUGUUUUAUACUAAUGGAGAGUCUUGUGGUUUUCUGGUAACAAACUUGAUGUUCGGCAGAAAAUAAAGUAGCCAAUAAACAAAAUUCCGACGCUGCUUCACAGAAUAAUCAACAAAUAAAAGCCAAUGACAACAGAAAAUGAAAACACAAUACAAAAUUAACACGAGUUUUCAGUAAAAAUGUAUAAUAUGCAAUGUCUUAUUCUCAACUUCUGUGUAGUCCCUUUUUGUUUAUUUUAUGAUAUAUUUUUUCUUUUUUAUUAGUUACAUUUUGCUUUAUUUUGAUUGUGUUUUUCUAUGCCUCUCUCGACUGAUGUAAUAUACUUUUUUAUACCAUUAAAAAUGUAUGGAAAUUCACAUAAAUAUAUGUAUUUCGUGAA